AUGAGGCGGAAGAACUUCGGCUUGCUUCUUGCAGAAGACAUCAGCGAAGCAGUGGUAAGGCUCCGGAAGACCCGGUGUCGGAGGAACAACGGGGUCACGUUUGACGAGCACAGAGACAACGACCGGAGCAGGAGGGACCACACUUCAGGAUCUCUCCAGAGGUCCAAUCAAGGAUGGGACAGUGGCGCUGAAGCCAGGGCAACCCCAAGAGGAGUUCUGAGGAACAGAAGGGAAGAACCAAGAACUCCAGCGUUUCAGUGUGCGAAAAUCCUACGCCCAUCAGUAAUGCUCUCCUGCUCCAGCCUGCAUGGUAGUCUUGGAGCAAUAGAACCCCGAUCUGAUUUCAAGGAGGCAGGAUUACUUCUGCACUCAAUACUGUCGCUCAUCGCUCCCAAUUUCUUGACUAGUCAAUCCUGGCUCUCGCAUAUCACCUGUGUUUUCAUCUCGACAUGGAUUCAUUAUUUCUGUUCAGUGUUAUUUUGGGCAUUUCUCUGUUAUUCCUUGGAGGUGGAUCAAUUCUUCAGACCAAUCCCCUCAAAAAGGUUUGGCUUGCUGUACUCAUCUUUGUGCUGGGGAGCUUCUAGCCUUAUGAUUCUUCAUGGUGUUCUUAUGCUGGUGAUUCCUCCUGAGUCUCAAAACAGGUGCGACUCGAAAAAUAGCCUGGUCCUGUUCCAUGAUGUACUCCUAUACAUCCCUUUAUUGUUGGCACUUUUUGGAAGCCCUGUCCUUUUGAGAAGAGCUAUUGUUGGAGUGCCUUCUUAUCUAAAGAUGCAGUGUGGUGUAUAUACCUGCUACGAGCGGUUUAAGCAACACGCCUUAUGUAGAAGACUGUUCCAGAUUACCGGUACAUUUAUAGCCUGCUGGCUUGGGAACGUGCUUUGUGACAUUAUGCUUCUUCUUGUUGAAGUAAAUUCGGAGUCUCCUCGGCAGUUGCAGGUGGCUGCACUUACAACUUUUGUCAUAAUGGGUAUUAUGAAUCCCAUGUUUUGCUGCGUACAUUCCCUGGCUUUCUUUGGCUGGAGGAGUUCUGAUGCCUGUGUGACUUUAAGCAGUACAUCAGCAGAAACACCUUCUAUGACCAGUCUAGAUAGGGAGGAUUCAGCAUUAGUAGAAGAGGAAAAUCUUUUAUUGAGGCCAAAGUCAGUCCAGGCCACAAGUAUACUGUCGUACCCAAACAUUUUACAACUGAUGGACUCCGGCUCCUUUGUGGAAUUAACGUGUUCUGCCUUGGAAAUAAAUGCAGUACGCCAUCUAGGAAAACAAGAUUCUCCUGCCUCUUGUCAAACUGGUUCCAUGUUCUGACUACAUUGUUCUAAAUGGUUGAUAGAUUGGUGCUAUAAAUUGUGGGUUCAAACAAAGUUUAGCCUUCAAUUAAAAAACUGUACUGGAUUACUACAUGCAACAUAGUAUAGGGUUCUGAUAGCUUUCAUUCAUAAGGAUUGACUCAGUACAUACAAUAGAAUUUAAAAGCAUUUGGUUUAGACUGAGCAGCCAUUUAACAACCAUCCAGAUUUAUGUAAAUUGGUGAAUAGAAUAAGUAGAGAGAGGCAUUGCAUAUGGCAACCAGUCAAUACUUCCAUUGUGAUUAUAUUUUGUAGAUCUAGUUGUUUUGCAGGAGAUCUAUGUGUUAAGCAUGAGGUCUUGCCUUGAAAGGGGUACUCCAGUGGAAAACACAUUUUUUUUUUAAACUGGUGCUAGAAAGUUAAACAGAUUUGUAAAUUACUUCUAUUUAAAAAUCUUAAUCAUUUCAGUACUUAUCAGCUGCUGUAUGCUUCACAGGAAGUUGUAUUUCUUUCUGGAAUUAUUUUCAGUGUGACCACAGUCCUCUCUGCUGACACUUCUGUCCAUGUCAGGAACUGUGCUUAGUACAAGCAAAUCCCCAUAGCAAACCUCUGGACAGUUCCUGAUAUGGACAGAGGUGUCAGCAGAGAGCACUGUGGUCAGACUGAAAUGAACUUCAACAACUUCCUGUGGAGCAUACAGCAGCUGAUAUAUACUGGUAAGUUUAAGGUAGGUAUUACGAUUUUUAAAUAGAAGUCAUUUACAAAUCUG